AUGGAUCCAUUGAAGUACCUGUUCAAGAAACCGGCUCUAACUGGAAAAAUCGCAAAGUGGCAAUUGUUACUUUCCGAGUUUGACAUCACUUAUGUCACUCAGAAAGCAAUCAAGGGGCAAGCUUUGGCCGACCAUCUCGCAGCACACUCCCUACCCGACUAUCAGCCAUUGAAGACCUUCUUCCCUGAUGAGGACAUCCUAUUCCUUGAGGGAGAAGGAGCAGAGGCAGAUGAAUGGACCUUAUACUUCGACGGUGCAACUAACGCUAAAGGAAGCGAAAUAGAGGCAAUCCUCUACUCUUCAGAUGACAUCCCCAUCCCUGUUUCGAGAAGGUUAUCCUUAGGGUGCACAAACAACAUAGUCGAGUACAAGGCAUGCAUAGCAGGCUUAAAAGAAGCAAUCAUUUUGGGGAUGAAAAAGCUAAGGGUCUUCGGUGACUCUCAGCUCAUCAUCAAUCAAACGAACGGUGACUGGAAGACGAAGGACGAGAAGCUGAUUCCGUACCACAUUUAUCUCGAGAAUCUCAUCGACAAAUUUUGUAAAGUCACUUUUACAUACAUGCCACGUGCCAAGAACCAAUUUGCCGAUGCCUUGGCCACAUUAGCAUCUAUGCUAGACAUUCCCAAGGGAGCAACACAAUGGGAACUUACAGUCGAAGUACAAGAAGAUCCAGCGUUCUACCUGCAGAAUGAAGAAGCUAAAACGCACCUGACAAGCAACCUUGGUAUACCGAUAUCAAGAAAUACAUGA